GUAAGGGUCGUGCUGCAGAGUUGGUAGAGUUGAUAAAGCUUGUGCCGUUCCACGCGUUACGCGCACUCCCCACACGAAUAAAACUUAGAACACUUUACAUUAAUUCUUAUUUAUAAUCACUCCAAACGCGGUAUAGGACAUUUAUUUUUAAUUUUAAGAACUAACAUUUUUCCCCAGAGGCCCCGAGAAAGCGUUUCAACGGGUCGCCAAUAAAGACGAAGCUUCUUGUUUUUAUGACGGAUGAUUUCGUUGUCCAUUGGCGCAGGAUUUCCAUAGGCGACCGGAGCCAAUCAACAGAACCUACGUUGGGACCACUCUGCUUCUGGCAAAUUUGGGACGAGCUCGAAGGAGGUCGCCGACAGUCGUAGCGCCCGCGCUGCCACGGGGCCCGGACCGAGGCCGGUGCGAGGAGGGAUGCAGAUGGAGCAGUACCAGGUGGUGAGCUCGGUGGGGGCCAGCUCGUCCCAGGGCCAGUCCCUGGCAGUGGCCACGGCGGACCACCAGCAGCAGGUGGCCGUGAUGCAGUCGCUGUCCGGCACCCCCAUCACCCACGUCACCACACAGCCGCAGGUGCUCCAGAUGCCCCAGGCCAACGGACAGACGCAGCUGUUGCAGGCGGGUGGCCAGCAGAUCAUGGUGCAGACGCUGCCCAAUGGACAGACGGCUGCCAUACAGAUACAGGGUCAGCCGGGACAGCAGAUGCCUCAGCUGCAGGUGAUUCCCAUUGGCCAACUUCAGGGGCAGCAGGGACAGCAGAUCAUCAUCCAGCAGCCACAGCAGGGCCAGAUUCUGCAGACGUCAGACGGUCAGACUCUGGUCUACCAGCCGGUCACCGUAGACGGAAGCAACUUUGUGCAGGGACACGGAGGCAUCAUCCAGAUUCCAGCAGCGCCGUCUGCCACCCAGCAGGUGGUGCAGACGACGCAGGGCGGUCAGCAGAUCACGCUCCCUUCCUCCGUCGGCGGCGGAAACAUUGUCAUGGUGGUGCCGAACAAUGCGGUGUCGGGGAACGCGGGGGGCGGUGCCGGCGGGGCGGCCACACUGCAGACGGUGCAGCGCAUCCCGAUUCCCGGCGCGGGGGCCACCGCCUCAGCAGCGCCAGCGGACAUAGCGGAGGAAGAGCCGCUCUACGUCAACGCCAAGCAGUACCACCGCAUCCUCAAGAGGAGGCAGGCACGGGCCAGACUGGAAGCGGAGGGACGCAUCCCCAAGGAGCGCAGGAAGUACCUGCACGAGUCGCGGCACCGGCACGCCAUGAACCGGAUCCGGGGAGAGGGCGGCCGCUUCCACUCGGGCAGUUCGCGCAAGGACAAUGGCGUGGGGUCGCCGGGUGACGGGAACAGCAACCACAACUCGGCCGACGGGUCCCAGCAGGACGACGUCUCCAACGGACUCCACGCCAUGGAGAACCAGUCGUCCAAGUACACGUUCACGGUGCAGAACGGCCUCAUCAACGUCAUGGCGCCGGAGAUGAUGGUGGCUGGGGGCGACUCCAACUGAACCCUCCCUCUCCUCCGUCACCCUCACCCGACCAUGUACAUACCACGGGCGCGAGGCCCCCUCGCACGGCAGAUGCGCGUCGGAGACGGCGGUUACGGCGCAGCUAGGGGUGUGUGCAUACCCAAAAUGGUGUUUCGGAUUCGAAUUUACUCCGUAUUCGAACGUAUUCGAAUCGGAACGUGCCUAAAGAAUAUUCGGAUGCUUAGAAACCAUUCGGAUGUUGACCGAAGCGCGUUUGAAUUUGUGUUUCGAUGCAGUCUACCGUAAUGUCCCGAGAGAUGGCCCACCUUAGAUUGAAGGCGAGUUGGGAGAAAAUAAAGUGUAAACUAACUUUCGGUGUGCGAUAAAAAGAAAAGUAGAAAGAAUGCAGUUUUAGAUUUUGCGACCUGCGAAAGUUGAGUUUGCAGGGAGGGGCAACGAACCAAAGACGACUCAUUCCCAGUCAGCAAUGUUUGCGCAUCCUUUGCCGUGGCUGAGUAACACCGUUUUUGCUACGGUCACUGUUGCAAUUACUGGAAGUGGGCUCUGUCUUUUGGCGUUCCCUGUCCCGUCAAAAAGAGGGGACAGGUUAUCUUUCGGGGGUGGGGCAUCUCUCGAGAUAUCACGGUAAGUGUAUUCGAAUCCACAUUUGAAUGCAGCCGAGGCAGAUUCUAAUUUGGAAUCAAACACAGAUGCAGAGUAUAUAUCAUUUGCAUAUAUUUAGAUUGUAUGUACCUUAAUAAUGUUCGAAUUUAGCGGAAGUGAGUGAAUGGUGCUUUCCUUUAUCGUACGCUAUGCCCUUGUUACUUUUUCUGUGCUUCAAAGUUUAACUGUUAACUGUUGUACUUUUUUUAUCUCACUGUCUUUUUUUAAUAUUAUGUUCUGUCGUUCCAUCUCCUGGGAGCUCCAUUUGCUGAUGUAAAAAGGUUGUUGAAAAGGAAAGAGCUAUCCAAAUGUCCCGAAUUUCUUUUUACAAAAAGAAGAAAAAGCCAUUGCGUGUAAAUAAAGACGGUCUGCUAUUCCACACAUGAAUGUAAUUUUUCAACCUGAUCAUCAUCCAGUUACAAUUGUGAAAUCCCUUUACAGUUCCAUUAAAUGUCCGUUUUUGUUUGAAUUGAGCACAAAUGACAAGUUGAAAAUUGACCCUGAGUCAAAUAUGGAUCGACCAGGUUUGAACUGAACUGUAGCGUUCUUUGUUCAAUAAGUAUGCUCGCUGUGAAAAAGCCCAGUUUUGUAUUAUUGUGCAACAUUUUCACUCGUAAUGUGAUUUCAUGAUAAAGUGCUGGUGUCUAUCGUUCUUUUAAGAAUGGUUACGAGUAUAUUUCGAAAUAUCGACACUCAUUCACUUCAUCUUUGAAACUUUGAACAUGCACACACCCCUACCUCCAACUGUUCUGGUUUGCUCAUUAUCACCCUGUGCAUAUUAGCAGUUGUACAUACUACAGACAUCGCAAAGGCAUCAGAAACAUUGCCAUCACUGUAACAACUUUUACUGCGCAUGCUCUCUUGUUUAUUUUGAAAUGGAGAAAAAAAAAAGCUGCGUGAUUUUUGUUGAUGCACAACCCAUCUCCACACUGUGUUUCUUUGCUAAGAGCGGGUUUUGUUCUUUUCUUCCUUUCUCGCAUUGCUGAGGUUAAUGUCACCAAUCGAAGCUGAAGGUGGCAACGUCAUUUUUGCGCUGCCCAGAUUUGGUGUGUGGGAGCACCUGUUAUCGGUUCGCGUCUUUGGUCUUGGGGCUUGAACUGCCUGCCUGGAAUCCAGUAGAAUAUUGUUCCGGUUUUGGGGGAGUGUUUUUGUUCAGUGGCACGUAUCAUGAAGCCAUUUCGUCGCAAGAUGUUUCUGUCGAGGCUCGAUUGCGAGCUUGCCUCGUAAAUUUAGUAACCUUCCCAGCUUCUUGUUUUUGUGUUCUUGAUUCUUUUGUUGCAAAAAGAUGUUAACUUGUUCGUAAGCAAUUAGAAAGAAUAAAGAAAAGGCAAGUAGACUCGUUCUAGCCAAGUUAUAAAUUGCGCACAAGGCGAUUCCAUAAUCCGAUAAACUGACACAAUCACCGAUGACUCUGCCGAAUUGGUUUCGUCUCGAACGCAGUAACAUAAUUUGCGUGCCCUUUCCUCUGUACAUACGCGACGCGCGGUUCAAAGCCACAAAGCGCAUUGCCUCUCCAAGAGUGCCGCAUACUUAUUGUUGUUCCUCUCCCACAAACCUACGCGGUAUUUUGUGUUCUUGUGAAACCUUGCAAAAGCUAGUUCCGUAAACUUUAUCGAAGGCAAUAAUGGCGGCAGCCAAGAAUCAGUCUUUGUCGACUAAUCUCGAAUGUACUUAUUCACCCGUACAGAGUGUGUUGUUGCAAUGUGCGACGACUCCGUCGAACCGUGCAAAUCACCUUCGGCACGCUGCUCCUUGUAAUUUUGCACGAACGUGUUACCGUGUGGUCAACACAUGUCCCGCAAUGUUCGGUGUGAAAGCUAGCAUCGGUCAAAUGUUUCGGAUGGACACAUUUAUUUCACCAUGCAAGGACUCGUUAAGCCUGUUUCCUGACACACCCGGACAAACGGUGCAGCGAGUCACCAUUUAUAUGCAUCAUCUUUAAAAUGUUAGAUCAGUGAUGAAUCAGAACAAUUGGCAUCCUUGCAUUCCAACUAAAAUUACGCACAUUUUUCUCAAAUUGUUUUUUUUCAUAAAUGUUCGAUCAGAGAUGGUUUAAACUGGUUGGCAUUCUUACCUUCCAGUAUUUCUACUAAUAUUGGAUAUAUUUCUCCAAAAUCGUUUUUUUUAUGAUAUUUAAUAUGACUAGUAGAAUGAUUGGCACACUAACCAUGCCAUAUUUUUCCUAAAAUUGCGCAAAAGAUUUUCAGGAUUACUUUAUUGAGAAAUGUUCUACCAGAGACUGUUUACAGCAGUUGGUUAUUUUUAUUUUUACUAGAACGAUGCUAGGUAUUGCUAGGUAUUCGAAAAUAUUUUUAUCGUCAAGAAACAGGCUUAGCAAACUUUGUAAUGAACUUGCAACUUUCAGUGGGCUGUGCGAUUGUAUCUUACAACUUUUGGCGGGCGUUGGUUGGCACGCUGAACUUUCAAAAACACGUCUUUGUUGCACGGUUGCAUCUUCGUAAAUACCUUUGACCCACCGGAAACCGCUCGGUACGACCCAGUCGAUUGACAGGCGGUAAAAUGAUUGGACCCCGAUUGGGCUUUGGCAGGUUUUAUAAAUAAACUCUGGUUUCACAG